UUUAAAAAAAAAAUGACUGCCAGAAAUCUCCUCUCCCUCCUCGUGCUACUCCUGUGCGUCUUCGCCGGCGCCGCCGCGGACCCGACCCGACACGCCCACAAACCUGUGGAAAUCGUGGUCGAAGGCGUGGUGUUCUGCCAGAACUGCCGGAGAAUCGGAAGCUGGUCGCUGACCGACGGGAAGGUGAUCGCCGGCGCCAAAGUGAGCGUGAUCUGCAAGAACCUCCACAACCAAGUCAACUUCUACAAGGUCUACCAAACCGACGCCAAGGGGUAUUUUUAUGCCGAGUUGGUGGGGUACAAGAUGACCCAUCCGGUGCUCGACCACCCGUUGCAAACCUGUAAGGUGAAACUGGUUUCGUCCCCACUGCCCGAAUGCGACCGCUUGACAAAUGUCAACUAUGGCCUCGCCGGUGCGCCGCUCCGAUAUGAGAACAAGAUUGUCGCCGGAAAGAACUAUAGGGCGACGGUGUACGCGGCGGGGCCACUGGCAUUCCACCCGGAGAAAUGCUUUUAACUUCUUCCUCUCUUUUAAGUGUUUGUGUUUCUUUUUUUUAACCUUUCCUGGAUUAAUGUGUUGGGUUUUAAUUUUGGUCUUUGUUUUGUGGAAAAAUGUAGUGUAAUUUUAUGUGUUUUUGAGCUCGGGUUUUGGGAAUGAGAACGAGAAUGAGAAUCAAAAUCAAUGAUAAUUAAAUUUCAAAUUGUAUCA